UUUUUUCAUUCCCGUAGAAGCCGGCUCAAAUCUAGUUGGAUGGUGCCAUGAUCAUGAACGGCAUUCAUCUUACUUUACCACCUUCAAGCUUCAAUUAUUUCUAUUUCUUAACUCUAACUCUAACUACUUCUUGUUCUUUCGCGAAUACAUCAUGAACACCAUACUCACAUGAAACUACAUAUAUAAGUAAAAUCAUUAUAUCUAAAGCUAAAAGACGAAAGCACAUUGUCCAGAUCUGGAAAACCAAGACGCGACGACCACGACACGAAAUUGUUGAAGAUAAUCACGAACGACGAGAACGUGACAGGCAACGGUUUGUGGACGAUAAACACUAAGACAACACCGUACCACGAGCUCGAUAGACGACGAGGAAGUUAUUCGCUCGACCCAAAUAAAGCUGGAUUCGGAAAACGAAGAACCUCCACGACUUUACUAAGCGGGUCGUGCGCGAAUUUUGGAUUACCCGGCACAUCAGUCGCUUUUCUGCGGAAUUCGAAGUAUUAAGGCAACGCAGAUUUUUCUUCCUCUUCAUCCAGCACGGGUGCAGCCACGACCUGGUGCCACUAUUCCGUCUGAUUGCUGAAGAAGUACAAGAACUACUUCCGCAACGUACAAAAAAGUUUCAAUUUUUCUUUAAUAUCACUCGCCAGCGUCACCCGCAGUGAGUCGCAUCCAUUCGCAACUCGCAAGUUUCCAGCAUGAGCAAAACCUUUCACGAGGGCGGCCGUGGUGAAGGGCCGCGGACGCCGGGCGUCAGCUUCGAGAUUGAGCCCGAUGCUUUUGCGACUGAGAACCAACAAGCCGAUGGGGCUACGGGGAUCGUUCCCCGGCCAAGGAACUCCUUCAGUAUGCAAUCGAGCGCAAGAAGUGUCGUGCUACGUGUGGGCCUCGAGAACGAUGGAUACUAACAGAGGUGAAGAAAAAAUAAGCGAAUGCGCCAGCUGCAAAAGCAAACUCAUUUUUAGUACAUAACUUAAUAUCGUACUGGUGCUGCGUGAUAAUAAUUGUGAGGGUGACGAAGCGUCGCCUUAAUUUUUUUUUGUCAUCGUAAGCAUGACAGUGAAAGAAGUCGGGGAGGCAAAGGCAAAGGCAUGGAUCCAUGUGCAUAGAUACUCUGUUUUUUUUUUCUCACAUGUAGCAGGGCACCAAUUCCUUUGCCGUCCACACCCUUCGCGACUCCGCAACAUCAAGACGAGAAUCAAACGGACCUCGCGCACCACGAUGCGGAGUUGAGCAUCAAGCUCUACGUGGACGAUAUGCAGUGCAAAAGUAUCGUACUCCUACUCGUAGAAAUGCAUUACAAAUUUCAUCAGCAUUAGAAUUAAAAUUUGCAAUGCUAAUUUGUCUUGAGAACAGUGCCUUAAGAACAGGAUUUGUAAUGCAUGAUUACAAUACGAGUGCGAUACUUUUGCACAGGAUAGACGACAAGCGCAGGCAAGUGUGGCUGAUGUCGCUGCUCUUCGGAGUGGCGCACGCCUGCGUAACUACCCCCCUUGGGUACGCCACGUCUGUGUUGGGCACGAAGGUGGGAAGUACCGGAAACGCAUUUCUCUACGUGGCCUCCAUGGUUUCCAGUCUCUGCGUCGCAACCGUCGCCCGGGCGAAGCUGGGCACGAAGGGCGCGUUGGUAGUGGGCUCCUGCAGCUUCGCCUUCUACGUCCUAUUUUUCGGCAUCGCAACCAUGAUCGUUGCGACGCAACGGUUGGCUUUGGCGGCGUCGAAGGGCGGAGGUUCGAGCGCGAGCGACGAAUCUGGAAGCACUUCUUCGAUGUUUCUUGUCGGUUGGUCUUCUGGAGAAGAACUGCCCCUUGUGUUGCACUCGGUCGGGUCCAUCAUCGGUGGUUUGGCGUCUGGGAUUAUUUGGGUUUCCCAGGGUUCUUUUAUCGCGACUGCAACCGAAGUGACCGCACUGGCCCUCGCAGCGGCUCCGAAAGAAGGAGGAAAGACUCUUCCUGCGGGAGAAGUAGAUGUUGUUGACCCCUUCGCCAAACUGUCUCAAGAGUUCGCCAGCCUCUUCAGCAUGAUCUACCUGGUCUGUGAAGUGUUCUUCAAGGUGGCUUCCACGGGACUGUUGUUCUUCGUGGGCGAAAGUCCGGCUCUGCGUGGCGGCGUGUUCGCAGCCUACGGUCUGAUGGCUCUCGCCUGCAUGGUCGGAAUGCACUUUCUGCUUGAUAAAAACAUCGAGAGAAAGUUCAGCCCGACCGCUGCUCAAGAACAGGGGUUGCUGGAGGCAGGUCCCCUACUAGACGGAGCUCGUCGCCCGUCGCAGGUGCGUGAAGUCAAACUGACUGUUUUUCCGGACAGCAGCACGUCGACUGGGGGAAAUAAAGACAGCUCAAGAAGUCGCGGUUCCCGCGCCGACCCUGGUGGAGCUAGUAGUAGCUCUAGGGCGAGCAAGCAGGAUCAACUGGAGUUAGCGCAAAAUCAAGACCGUGAUUAUGUCACCCAAGCUGGACAAAACGAGGACGACCCGUCAUCGGUGGCCGCAGAGAUCAUGAACAACUACGACGACGGCAGUUCGCCGAGAGCCCGACGAGCAGCAGGCAAGAUCAGCGAACAAGUCACACUGCAAGAACCCGACGCGGCAGUGCAAGAACGGGAAGAAAAGGAACGUGACGAGGUUCCGAAGCAGGAGCCGCGCUGGACAACGGCGGCCUUCUCCGCCAUCCAGCUGAUGUUCAGCGACCCCCGCGUGUGGUUCCUCAUGUGGGUGAACGUCACCUUUGGGGUUUCCGUACCCUUUUUGAACGGCUGGGUCAACAACAAGAUUACCACUCCGCUGAUCGGAUCCAAUUGGAUCGGGACCCUUUCCGCUCUCACACCGGUGACCGCCGCGAUAUGCAGUAGAAUUUACGGAUCGGCAUUCAGCCAAAGCCCCUGGGUCCCGCUGUUGAUUGCGGCAGUUUGCUUCGCGGCCCAGCCCGUCGUCAUUUUUCUCAAACUCUACGAGGGAAAUGCAUGGAUCGUCGUCGCACUGUACCUGUUGCAGGGAGCCGCCCGCGCGACGUACGAAUCAACAAACAAGGGCGUGUGGACUACUUUGUACGGAAAAACGACGAAAAAAGACGCAGCGUUUGCGAACAUUAUGAUCCAAACCUGCGCAACCACCGCGAUAUUUUUCUUCCUGGAUGUAUCAACCGCAAAAGUUGUAUUGCUAUUGCGACUAAGGUUUACUAGCUGGGUCUUUGAGCGAAUGAAGCUGCAGCACCUCUUUUGCUUCUUUUGCAUUCAUCUGCCCCUUAUAGAUUGUCUUGCAUAAAUAUGAUCGUGCAGCUAUACCUCUAGGAGCUGUUCUUGUUGGACCUACGUUUUGCGAUAGACGUAGAGCAAGACAACGACCACUACGAUGGCUGCAACUACACUUUUGCCCCGCAUAAGAGGCCAGCGUGAGCGAUGAGAGCCAGAAGGACGCAAUGGGAAUCACGGAGCUCUCUGCUGCUUUCUUGAUUCUACCGUGCUACUUCAUUGCCGUGCACUGCAAAUGCUGGGGACGCCAGCGCGACGCCACUGACGGACCACAUGAAGAGAGUACGACUCCGCGAGGAGGUACACCCUGGUGGAUAAGCGCACAGAUGUACGUGGAUCGAACUCUAUCAAGCAGAAAAGGUGUGUCUGUAUCUCUAUCGCUCUUGCAGAACGUGGACGCAUUGGAGUUGAGGCUUCUAAACUCAACAGCAACAACAGUAUGAUACAGGCGGUCAGUCGCAGUCCUUCUGCAAUUGUAUAUUUAUUUCAGUUUUUGACUGUCUCAGGACCUAUUGCGACUUGAUUUGUAAAAAUAAAAACGCCAAUGCCGUGUCUGUUUUACCUGUAUCUAAGCGCACCAUCAGCAUGGGAGAUGCGGAUAAGAAUUUGCAUUUGGAUCAUUUGCCGAAGAGAGUACGACCAACAGGACGCGACUCCUCUCGGGGCGGUACCAAGAACAAGACACGACUUCUCUCGUUUGAUACUUCUAUCACCUCCGCCAGAACCCCAACGGCCCUGGUUUUGUUCCGGAAUUGCAGUUGUUACCACAGCCUGGCGAUAGCGAGGCGUCGAGCAGCCGUGAGCAGGGAGCAAUGCUUGACGAAGAUUUCUCUCCAGCAAGCGCGAUUCCACGCAAAACGCCAAAAAAGGACCGGAAGACGAAAACGCAAACUCACACCAAGUCCAAGGACCACAGGAUGCUGCAGCGCGGACUGCUCAACCGAAAUGAACGGACAAGAAAGGAACUGGAACCACGGGCGUCGUCCUCCUAAAGCAGGAGCGAGAACGAAGAUUUUGGGAAUAAUACUGUGUCUUGUAAACGAAUAUCAGUACUAUAACCAAACGCACAAUGCAUACCGAUAGCACCAUCAUGUUGGCACCGCUCGAAACAAGUAAUUGAGCAUUGAGAUUGACGUCAAAGACAAAGUCUGAUGUCGAAAAAACUCGCAAGGUGUACAUGUAUUGUUUUUCGGAUGUUGUGCUCGCUGUCUGGCGAUUCAUCUUCCUAUCGCUAAUGCUACCGUACCCGAAAUCGUGCAGCAGCUGCUGCUGCACGAUUAUACCAAGUACAAACAUUUAUUGAGAUGCUUUGCAUCUCUUUUGUUUCAUUUUCACUGCAACCUCCCGGAACAAGAGACAAAGAGUAGCCAAGGAGCGCACGACACACGAACCAUCGGUUGUUUUUUUUUGUGUACAACCUGGCACUGCAAGGUCGAUACCGAUAGCAUCCUCCAGUAUAGGAGAACCACGCUGCGGCAAUCGUAGUGAUUCACCGUAUGAAUUUACAUGAUUUUCUGACAAAGCAAGCAACUACACCGAACAUGGCGUAUGACUUUUUGCCGUGUUUUCUCCCUCACACUGGCGAGGCGCAAAGAGUUGUCGAGAAUUAGACCUACUACUGCUUAAAAAGAUAUUUUAGAAAGGAC